GUAAGGUCGUUAGUUGUAGGGGAACUCUCCCUACAACCGAUUGGGAAUUUCUUCCCAUAACCGAUCUGGUAUAUGCCUUAACUUCAAUCGGUAGAUCUUAUGUAAUCCCAUCCUUCACAUGUCUUCUUCUUCAGCGUAUUCUUCUUUGGUCUUCAGAUCCGGCGCAGAGGUUGAUGAUUAUCCAAACAUGACCUCGAUUCAGGCAUAUAGUGCGAUUCUCAUCUCCUGUAAAAAUUUCCAACCAGUUUGGAAUCUACAAUUCUAAGCCAAUUAUGACGAUUGAAGCACUUCUUCAACCUGGAUCAAAGACCCAUUGCGUGACUCAAGUCUUGGAUCAAGUUACUAGAACAAAGAAUCUGAGAGCUGUUAAGGCGAUUCAUGGCCACUUGAUCAUCACAGGGCUUCUCUCCCUCACUCCCACUCUCCAGACCAAGAUCAUAUUUGCCCACACCACAUGCCUUCUUCCUCAAUCCAACAACCUCCUCCUCCGCCGGACCUUAAGAGAUCUUUUGUCAUCCCUCAAUCCCAGAAACCCCUUGCUCUUCAACUCCAUCAUCUCCGGAUUCUGUGAAAGCGGGUUCUAUUCUCUCGCUUUACAAGCAUUUUCUUUCAUGCAUUCUAAUGGUGUCUGCAUAGACUCGUACGCGUUGUGUAGUUCCGUGACAUCUGCUUCCUCCCUCCGAAACCUUGAAUUUGGCCGGAAAGCUCACGCCUUUACUGAAAAAUUGGGUUGGUUUUCUAGCGUGUAUGUGGGCUGUGCUCUGAUCGACUUCUAUGCAAAAUUGCAAUGGGUGGACAGUGCAGCUUUAUUGUUCGAAGAAAUUCCCAUUAGAAAUAGUGUGUGCGCUAAUGCGCUGAUAUCAGGCUACACUGAGUCUAAAAUGUGGGAUGAAGCGCUUGAAUUGGCCAGGAAGCUACCGUCUUUAAAUCUGGGGUUUGAUAAUUUCACCUUUUCAUCUGUAUUGCGCGCUUGUGCUGGGAUUUCUGCUGUUGGAUUGGGAAUGCAGGUCCAUGGGUGUGGCAUUCGCAAAAUCCCUGAUUUUGAAAGCGAUGUAUUUCUUCAAAGCUUGUUGAUUGAAAUGUAUGGAAAAUGCGGGCUUCUAGAGAAGGCUAGGCGAGUCUUUGACAUGGGAGUCGUAAGAAAGAGAGAUCUUGUUCUAUGGACUUCAAUGCUGGGCGUACUGGGACGCAACGGGAAUUACGAACAAGUGAUCACACUGUUUAGAGAAAUGGUAACCCAGGGAAUUAAACCGGACGGUGUGGCAUUUUUGACUGUGAUCUCAGCUUGUAGCCACACAGGCCAAGUGUGUCUUGGGAUGGAGUAUUUUGAAUCAAUGGCUGGUGAUUAUGGACUGGAACAUGGUCCAGAGCACUACAACUGUGUGAUCGACUUGCUUUGUCGUUCUGGGGAGUUGGAGAAGGCAUGGAAAUUUGUAGAGAAGGGAAACAUGAGUUUCACAGUUUCCACAUGGGGAGCAUUGCUCAAUGCCUGCAUAGAAUGUGGGAAUGUCGAACUGGGUAAAUUUGCAGCUCAGAGAGCAAUCGAAUUGGAUCCUCAUAACGAUGGGAUAUAUGUUCUACUGUCAAACUUAUAUGCCAGGAACAGUAUGUGGAGCGAGAUUGAGGAGCUCAGGGAAUUCGUCAGUGGAAAGGGGCUAAAGAAAGAUAUCGGCCAUAGUUGGAUUGAUGUUGUGACUUGAACAAGACUAUAGUUCUUUCUGAUUUGGACAAAUGAUACAUAACUGGCGCGACCUUCAUAACUUCUUUAUGCCAAGAAACCCAGCCUGGUAAUUGCCUUUCAGGCCCGUUCAGUGGCAUCACAUUGCUGCACCAUUUACCAUUAUUCUCCAAGAUAUGCAAAGGACUGCUCAAUUGCAUAGUUAUUGGGUUUGUUAAGAGAUUGAGACUCCAACUAGCUUCUCAAAUUCCUUAGCUGGCUGAGGAGACUGUGAUUAAGAAGAAGAUGGGGGGAGUCCAACUAACUUCUAAAUUUCUCUGUGGUAAGUGGUAAUCAUGAGAAUUCAAUACAACCCAUCUAUGGAGUAGUUCUUUCUUCCUUGAAAAGAAAAUGAGAUCAUUUUAGGACAACCUAAAAAACAAGAGGAAAAGAUAAUUUCUCCCACAGAUGGAGGGAAGCUUGGAAUCAAGAAUCCCAAUUAAAUUAGUCAGUAUUAUUGGGGGUGGGGUGGGUUGUUGGAUUAAGGGCUUGGAUCUUCACAAUAAGGGAAUACCCAAAACCCAAGGUAAAGUCCUAAAAGUUAGCUUGGUUUCCUGCCCCCCCCCCCCUUUAUGUAUGUUUCCAAGAAUGUGGACUGUGGAGGGUGUAAAGGAUAAUCAUUAGAAUCUCCUAGAUAUUGUUCCUAUUAUCUUGUAAUUUGUUAGGCCCCGUUUGGUACAAGGAAUUCAAUUUAUGGAAUUGGAAUUGAGGACUUCAAUUCCAAUUCUGGUGUUUGGUAAUACAAAUAUUAUGUGGAU